AUGGCGCAAGGAUUCAAGCCAGCCAAGCCCAAGAAGGCUGCUUCGCCAAAGAAGUCGAGCAGCCAGACUAAGACUGGCCCUAAGCGUGGUCCUCGUGUCAUUGCGCCGAAGAAGAAAGCUGCAGUUCAGGCAGCCAAGACAAAGCGACAGCAGACCGGAGCCAUUACGGCAAGGAUCGAGCAGGAGAUGGUCAGCCGUGCAUCCAAAGGUGGUCCUUUGACCAUCAUGAACAAGGCCGCUGAUGGUGAUGCGCAUGACAACAAGAAGAAUCUUAACAAGAAGAAUCUCAACAAGAAGUAG